GAAAUCCUCUCCACCCUCCUCACGCGCCCAGACCUAAACCUAAACACACUCCCACUCCUCCACACCGCAGUGAUCGCCAACUCCCCCGCGGUCGUCGCACUACUCCUGCAGCGAACAGACCUGGACAUAAACCUUGCCUCGCCCAUCACGCCGCUAGAGCUCGCAGUCGCCCACGGGGAACAGGGACACGAGCUGGUAAGGCUCCUCUGUGAGAGGAAGGACCUCGACGUUAAUAAGAACAACGUGGUGCACAUGGCCAUCAGGAGAGGGUGGGAGGGGAUCGUUAGGUUGCUGGUAGAAAGGGAGGAUUUGGAUGUUAAU